AUGCCUCCGAAGUCAAACCGGCAAUCUCAAUGUUUCAAUGCUAUUAAGUCACGUUGGUCCACUGAAAGUGACGCAUCGAGUGAUGAUAGUAAUUUUUCCAUGGAAACUAGUGAUGAAGAUGAAGCAGACACAAAAUUAAAUUUUCGGGACACAAUCCAAAUUUGUGACAUAGCCGAUAUGUUUGAAUUUUGCAAGAAUCAAUGCAAUAUAAGAUAUUUAAGUGUUCUUAUUUAUUUGAUUUUGCGUCGUUUUAAUAUUUCAUAUGAAGAAACACAUAGAUUUCUCAAGACUAUUGGCGGUUUAACAGCGGACAUAACUCAUAAAUGGUCCAAUGUGUUUAUGAAUGGAAACUUUGAUGAAUUUCUUAUUGACGGAAGAGGUGGUAAACGAGGUGAUAGCUUUUAUGAUGUUUAUCCGGAACUUGAAGUUGAUGCAAAAGCGUUUGCAGUUCUUCAAUGUGAGCAGAAGGCUCCUAGUUUUACUGUAUAUGAUCUAGCACAAUUCAUAGAUAAAGAGUAUUAUGAAGUUAAUAAGAUAAAUAAGGUUAAUUCUGAUCUUGUGAGAUCGGUGGGAAGUUGUAGAUUGGAUUUACGAAAUUGGAAUGCACGUUUCGAAAAUAAUACUAACCGCCCGUAUUUUGAAGGGCAUGAAAGUUCGGAUGUGAUAGCACAUCGUGAGCAAUUUAUUCAUUAUCUUUUAACCAAUGAAGAUAAAUAUUAUACUGUUAGUUCUGAUGAAAAUCCUGUGUGGCAAACACCAAAAUCACUUGUACCAACGAUUCUUAUUUGUCACAACGAAUCCACCUUUCGAAGUGGAGAUGUUCGCGCUAAACUUUGGCUGGUCGAUACUUCAGCUCCGUUCUUCAACAAAGGUGGCGGUAGACGUGUGAUGAUAUCACACUUCCUUGUGCAUCACCCAUCAGGGCCUUUCUUUCAGCUGAAUGAAAAGGAAUGGACAAAUGCUGUACAGAGAUUUCCGGACUUAUUAGAGGAUACCGAUCUUCGUUAUGAAAACUAUUCCGCUACAAUUACUGCUCAUUUAGGUGCAGAUCCGUACUUUGACAACAGCAUUAUUUUAUUGCAAUUUGAGCGUUUGUUCAAGUUAUUAAAGUUUAAAGAAGAGUACCAAAAGCAUAACAUUGAAAUAUUAGUAGAUAAUGCACGUACACACUCAGCAAAACCUUUUAGUAUCAAUGAUUUUGGAAAACGUAGUGGGACAAGAUGUCCAGUGGCGUCUAUCGAAUAUAUAGACGAAGUGAACAAUACAAAAACACUUGAUUGCUUCUUUCAAUCAGGACUACAAAAGGGUCAAAGUAAAGGUCUGCUGGCUAUUGCUCUUGAGCUUGGUUUUAAAGUAUCAACAAAUUGUAAAUUAGAAGAGCUCAAGAUCCUAUUAUCAUGUCAUAAAGCUUUUAAAAACGUAAGCCUUUGA